ACAUACUUUUCGUCUAAUGAAAAGGACCAAGUCCGAAAUCCGCCAAAAAUUGUGGGGACAAAACGGUAUUAGCUGAAAGAAAAGAGGGUGAAAAACGAAAAAGAGAAUAACAAGGAAGCCAUGGUUUUGUAGAUGUAUAUAACCCCCAAAUUUUGUCACGGAGUGAUUCGCUGCUGUUCUUCGGCGCCCUCCUCCGCUCUCAACCACCCAAGGGAAAAGAAGAGUCAAUCAAUUAGGGUUUCAUAUUCAAAAAUCGAACAGGAAAAGCUUUUUUACGGAGAAAAUGGGUGGCGGUAAUGCUCAGAAGGCCAAAAUGGCUCGUGAGAAGAACUUAGAGAAAGCCAAAGGCUCAAAAGGGAGCCAGCUUGAUGCCAACAAAAAGGCAAUGAACAUUCAGUGCAAGGUGUGCAUGCAGACAUUCAUGUGCACUACUUCAGAGGUGAAGUGCAGGGAACAUGCCGAAGCAAAGCAUCCCAAAGCCGAUGUGAGCGCCUGCUUCCCUCAUCUCAACAAGUGACUUUACUUAUAAGCUCCUGCGUAAGGAAGUGUGUAUUUUGAGCAUUUCAUGUUUCUGCCCUUCUUCUUAAAUGUUUAGAUGAGUCAUUGGAAUGUGCUUCUCUUGCAGACAUAUGUCGAUUGUGAUGUUUGUUGAAUUUCUAUCUCAAGCCCUCUCCUGGGAAAUCUAUUGUGGCAAACUUGGCUGUGGUUUUAGUUUUUCCUAUGGUUAUUCAGAUUUCAA